AUGAAGGCAGAGUCUAUAUGCUCAGGCACUUCUGCAGAUGAGCCUCCAAACAGUCCAUUUGUUGGAGCGUUUGCCCUGGAUGGUGUGACUGCACUCUCCGGCGGCGACACCUAUCGGCCAAGCACGUUGUACAACCUUCAGAACCCGCAUAUACAACGAUACCAAUAUCGACGCGCAAUUCGCCACCACAAGAAGGGCCACACACCAAGUCGGUUCGAUAACGAUUAUUACCAGAACUUAGUGGCUCGACAUGGGUUGCUUCACUCGGAUCAGGAAUUGUUUAAUGGUGGAUCUCAGGAUGCGUUGGUGAGGAGUUAUAGUACGAAUGGUGCGGCUUUUACAAGUGAUUUUGCUGCAGCUAUGGUUAGGAUGGGGAACAUUAGUCCACUUACUGGAACUAAUGGUGAGAUCAGAAGAAACUGCAGGGCUAUUAACUAA